AUGAUACAACCUGAUACCUUCGCCGGGGCGGCGAUCUACGUCCCGGUGUUCCUCCGUUACGUCUACGACCCAGUUGUCCUGGGCCUCUAUUGCCCUUACGCCUGGAAUAUACCGUCGAGCAAGAUGCGGGAAUUCUUCAACCGCCACAUUGUCAAUACCACCUUACGAAACACCGUCGACGAAACAAUGAUUCGGCCCGGAUCAAGCAAAGACUCUCCAUGUCGGAUCUUGGACAUUGGCGUCGGUACCGGAUAUUUCCUCGAGCACGCGCCCCUUCCGGCGGGGUCGGAAGUGCACCUGGUGGACCUCAACCGGGCAGCACUCCAUGCUGCUGGGUCUCGGACGAUGGCAGCACACCCGACGACGACAUGCCAAACAAGCGUUGCCGACUUUCUUGACCCGGGAAGGAGAGGCUUGCGCUGCAGAGACCUGGGCGGUGGUUCCUUCGAUGUCAUAUCGACAACGAUGCUGCUUCACUGUCUACCAGGACCCCCUGCGAGAAAGGCAGACGCCUUGGUCCAUCUACGACAUCUGCUCGCCCCUGAAGGUACCCUGUUUGGGAUGACAAUCUUGGGUCGCGGUGUCAAGCACAACAUAUGGGGGAAACAGUUGAUGUUUUGGCACAAUCUCCUGGGGACGUUUGGAAACACAGAGGACAACGUGGAGGGCUUUGUCGGGCCCCUAAAGGAAGCAUUUGCAGAUGUCAAGUGGGAGGUUCAUGGCAAGAUGCUUUUGUUCGAAGCAAGAAAACCCAAGGUUUGA